AUGUCGCUAGCUACUUCUCUUUUACAAAAUCUCAUUGUAAAUGAGGAUAGUUAUAUCAAAAGGAAACUCCUCAAAGGUCAAAGAUUAACUAUCGAGACCAGUGGUAAUUCUUACAAUCAUACAAUAUUUUUCCCAACAAAACCAGUCGAUGCUACAAUAACAAUUAAUUACGAUGACAGCAAGAACACAUACCUUAGUGAAAAUAUUUAUGGUGUAGUAGGAAAUGGACAAAAACCUGUUAAAGCUUCCAUUUAUGCUAGACAAGAUUUAGAAUUUGAAGCUUAUGUCACCUUCUUAUCAGAUUCCCAAAUUUAUUCCAAGGCAAUUCUUUAUACAGAUGCUAACAUAUCAAGAUCAUAUUCAAAUUUAACUGAGCAAAUAAUGACCGUUGGCUUUGCACCAGAGGGAUCUCCAAUGUUUGUUUCUCUCGCUUACGAAGCCGAAACAUACUUUACAAUGUUUGGCAGCUCUAAAUUCUCAAUGUUCACCUCCAUCAGUGACAACAUUCCACAUAUGACUCUCCGUACUGGCAACAUCAGAUUCAGAGCAUUCCCAUAUGCUAACUCAGUUUAUCAUAAACCAAUGGUUUUCGAAAUCCAAGGUAAGAAGUUCGGAGCCACUUUGAUUGAGAAGAAGGCCCCAGCUCCACUUCCAUCACCAACACCAGCACCAUCUGAAACACCAAAACCAAGACCAUCUGAAAAACCAACACCAAAACCAGAAACAACACCAGUUCCACCACCACCAACACCAGAUACAAACGAUAAGCAUCACGACAACUAUGACGAAGAAGGAUACGAAUAUAAUGGAAAUCAUAAUUACAGAAGAAAGCAUUGUGACUCAUUCCAGAGUGCUCUUUCCUUCUUCCUUGGCAUGGGCAUGAUGUUACUUAUCGUUGCAAUUGUUUCUGCUGUUAAGAAAUGCAGAGCACAACGUGUAAAUGACAACGAAGCCAUUCCACCUGUUGUUAAUGCUACUCAGCAGCAGCCACAGCAGCAAAGACCUGUUUAUUACUUUGCUCAGCCAAUGGUUUCCCCAUAUGACAACUCUGCCCCACAACAGCCAGCUGCUGCUCCACAGCGCGCUCAACAACAACAGCCUGCAAACAGCCCUUACCCAGCCUCCCCUGUUUACGUUAUCUAUGGCAAUCAGUAA